CCCAUUUACCAUUAUCAUUAUGUCGGAAGGUGAUACUCAGAAAACUAAGAGAAAGGAACAGCAAAGAGACUAGCUGCUUCAAAGAGCUCAUACUAUCACACGGGCGGCUGUUUGAUCAAGUGGAGAACCUAAAGAAGGACAUCACUAGACUGGAGUACCAGAACAAUGAACUGGAGAGGGAUCUAAGAGAAGGAGGGGGCAGUACAGGAGGAGGGGCUAAUAAAUUGAACAAACGAGUUGAGGAUCUUCAGGAGAGACUCUUAACGAGGACUGAUGAGGUCUCUGAGGCUCGUCGGGCAACAGCUGAUGCAAUGGUUAAAGUUACUGAACUGUCAAGUCAGGUACGAUCCAAAGAUGAUGAAAUAUCAAAGAAAGAGACACAGAUCCUUUCCCAUUAUUUCCUGGAGAGAGACUACCUGAGAGUGGCAGUGCAACUGAUUAUUCUUGUGCUAUUAAGCGUCUUCCAACCAUAAAAGCAGAUCAUGGGAUUCACUUGAGUGCUCUGGUUGAUAUGGAGGAGACUGAUACUGCUCCAGCUCGUAAGGCAGGAGAUGAGUGGCAGCUGAGAGGACCAUUGACCUACUUACCCAAAUCAGAAGAGCAAGUAGUAAAGAUGGUGUCUCCUAUUAUAAUAACUCCUGGUCAUGCUGUUCGUCUCAGAGCUCGUCAAGCCUUCACUGACGCUAAGGGAAUUUAUCGUUGCACUGGUGAGGAGUGGCUGGUGAGGGAUAUUGGAGCUUAUCUACCUGAUGUGUAUGAGGAGGUAGUAGAAGAGGUUGAUGCUUACACUCUAACACCAAACAAUGCUUUACACAUCAGAGCCAACUGUAACUUCACUGAUCAGUUUGGUAGGGGGAGAAGGAUUGGAGAGGAGUGGCUGGUUAAAUAUGAUGACACUGAAUCAUACAUACCUGAUGUCACUGAGGAGGUUGUUAAUGAGGUCCAGUUGACUGUUUUAUCUCACCAUCAGUAUUGUGUGGUUGUUAAUCCUCUUGGUGAUGAUGGUAGACCACGUCUUGGCUGUAGGGAACUGAGAAAAGGACCCAAGACAUUCUUCCUUCACCCUGGUGAGAAGUUUGAGAGAGGGAUACAAGAUGCUAUUAUAUUAGAAUCUGAUGAAGCUCUUCUUGUCACUGCUCAAGAGGAGUUUGAUGAUGAUACUGAAGAUGGUAGUAAAGUCCAUCGUACUCCUGGUGACAGGUGGAUGAUUCAUGGACCAACUGACUAUAUACCUAGAACUGAGAUUGGAAACAUACAGAGGAGGAAGGCUACUCCAUUGAAUGAGAAUGAAGGGAUUUAUGUUAGAAAUGUUCAGUCAGGACAGGUUCGUGCUAUAUUGGGCCCUCAGUCUUAUUUAUUGCAAGCUGCUGAAGAACUGUAUGAGAAAGAACUGACUCCAUUAGCAGAAGAAAUAUUAAAGGAGGGUGGUGGUGUUGGUGAUGCUAGUAUUAGGAAGAUAGCAUAUUUUGAUGGAGCUAAAGACCCUUCGCUCUUUAAGGGAAAUAAACGUGACAAGACUCGUGUAGUUACUUACAGGUGCCCCAGUAACUGUGCAGUUCAAGUGUACAAUUAUAUAGAGAAGACAGCUCGUGUUUUAUUUGGUCCUGAUCUUGUAGUGCUGGAUCCACAUGAGAACUUUAAUGUCCUCAGCUUGAGUGCUGGUAAACCAAAGAAGGAGAAUGCCCUGAAGACUAUUUGCCUCAUGCUUGGUCCUGACUUUAUAUCUGACCAUAUUACAGUAGAGACAUCAGAUCAUGCUCGUCUUAAGAUUGCUGUAUCAAUGAACAAUGAAUUCAGAGUUGAGAGAGGUAACCCAGAGAGUGAGGCUAUGCUGUUUAGUGUUCCAGACUUCAUUGGAUUUGCUUGUAGAGAAGUCGGCGUGAGUAAAGUGAGAGGGAAGGUUGCCUCUAUACCAUUUGAACAGUUUCACAAGCAUUCAGCUGAUAUUAUAACUGCUGCUGUGUUUGGUAAGAAUGCUGAUGGAGAAGUUAAUAAAGAAGUGAUAUUUACUGCCAACAACCUGGUGAUCACUAAUAUUGAUAUUCAAAGUAUUGAACCAAUUGAUUAUCAUAUGAGGGACUCUCUAUCUAAAUCUGUUCAAAUGACAAUUGAAAUAUCUACCAAAUCAAUAGAGAGGUCAGCACAGCAUGAGGCACAGAGAACUGAACAAAAAGCAAAAGGAGAACUAGAGAGACAAAAACUACAAAAUGAGAAGGAGGCAGAGGAAGCAAGGAAGGAGUUGUUAGAGUUACAAGCAGUAGCAGCUGCUGUUGAGAGCACUGGACAAGCUAAAGCAGAAGCACAAGCUCAAGCUGAGAGACUUCUCAUUGAAGGACAAAGUGCUAUUGAAUUGGCUAAGUUAAAAGCAGAAUCAACAAGAAUUGAAAUGGAGGCUGAACUUACUUGUCAGACUAAAAUGCAAGAGGCUGAGGUUCAGUUCUUGAGGGAACAGAGUGAACUACAAAUAAAGAGAGCUAAAGACCUCAGCAACAUUGAAGUGUCUAAGUUUAGUACAUUGGUUAGUUCUAUGGGUAAGCAGACUAUAUCCCGUAUUGCUAAAGCUGGACCAGAAUCAAAGGCUCGUUUGUUACAGAGUUUAGGUAUACAGUCUGUUCUCAUUACUGAUGGUAAAACUCCAAUUAAUAUGAUUGGGAACCAGACAGGUGGCUAUGCUACUACAUAUGCUCCUUAGAAAACUCUUUGGGAGGACUAUUAUAUCAUUAUUAUUAUUAUUAUUUGUGUUAGUCAUUAGUAUUUUUAGCUGGAUUUAUAUAGUUUUCAGAAAUAU